AUGAGCGACAUUGUAAAGCCCAAGGCCAAGGACUUGGCACAGCUGAGGCAGGAGCUGCAGAUUCCAGACGAGAAGGAGGCGUUGCAGAUCAAGAAGGAGGAGGCACAGGAGCGGGAGAGGCGCGAGGUUGCGCAGGAACCCUCGCUGAUGAAGCACUACAACUGGAAGGGUCCCUCUGUACUCAAGAAGAAGGACGUCGGCCAGCAGCAGCAGCCCGGAGGCGCCAUGCGCGGCAGCUAA